AUGAACUUUUUUGGUGCUAGUAAUAAACCACAACAACAUGGAAACCCUACUUCAUCUACUUCGAGUAGUAGUAGCGGAUUUUAUCCCAAAUUUACCUCUCAACGUGCCAUACCAACUAUUGCCCUGAGUUCAAAUUCUUAUGCUAUAGGUACAACCGGUAUUAACACUGAACCUGUUAUGUCACAAAUGAAUAUACAAGAGACCAUUCAGAAUAAUAAUCACAAUUCACAAUUUAUUCAUGGUGACAGCACUUAUGAGACAAAUACUCAAUCUAAUUCAGGUAGCAAUCACUUUAAUCCAACAGAUUCACCGAAUGGAAGAUACUCUGCCAAGCAAUCUCUUGCUAACGCCACAUACGGCUAUCAACAAAAUGAUAUGCCUACCACAACUCAAGAAUCUCAAUCUCAUUUAAGUGUAACAAAACCUAACCCAAUGACCACUGCUACUACUACUACAGGAGGUCCUUCUAGUGGUAUCCCAAGAGGGAAGUUAGAAGUUACUAUUGUUGAAGCCAAGAAUUUAUCUACAAGAAAAUCUUACUCACAACCAUACGUUGUUUGCACUUUCGAAAGUUCGGAAUUUAUAUCAAAUGGCCCCGAAUCCAUGGAUAAUAAACCAUCGUUCAACUAUCAUCAUCAAUCUGGCAACCGCACUGGUCUACCAGUAAUAAAAGAAAAUUUAAUUAAAAAACAACUUUACACACAUAGCUCGUCUUCUCAAUUGAAUAAGUUAAUGGAUAAUUCUGAUAUGAUUACAACUCUUGGAUCUGAUGACAGUUCUGAGAAUUGUUCUAAUCCGAUAUGGCAUCAUACAACCACUUUUGACGUUCUUGGAGCUCAUUCAGAACUAGAUAUAUCUGUUUACGAUGCUGCUCAGGAUGAUAAGUUCUUAGGUCAAGUCAGAUUAUAUCCAAAUAUUCAUUCUUCGCAAAACAUUAAACAUGAACAGUGGUAUUCUUUACAAAGUCGUGUCCUUGAUGAGGCUGUCAGUGGUGAAAUUCUAGUUAAAUGGCAUUAUAAAGCUACUAAAAAAAGGCAUUAUGGUCCACAAGAUUUUGAAGUAUUAAGACUAUUAGGUAAGGGUACAUUUGGUCAAGUUUAUCAAGUCAGAAAGAAGGAUACUAAAAGAGUUUAUGCAAUGAAAGUUUUAUCUAAGAAACUUAUUGUUAAGAAAAAUGAAGUCGCCCACACAAUAGGGGAGAGAAAUAUUCUUGUUAGUACUGCUACAAAUUCAUGUCCGUUUAUUGUGUCGUUAAAAUUUUCAUUCCAAACACCAACUGAUUUAUAUCUGGUCACUGAUUUUAUGAGUGGGGGUGAAUUAUUUUGGCAUUUGCAAAAAGAGGGUAGAUUUAGUGAAGAUCGUGCAAAGUUCUAUAUUGCUGAAUUGGUAUUGGCAUUAGAAUAUUUACAUGAUAAUGAUAUUGUUUACAGAGAUUUAAAACCAGAAAAUAUCAUGUUGGAUGCAAAUGGUAAUAUUGCAUUAUGCGAUUUUGGUCUUUCUAAAGCUGAUUUAAAGGGUCGUACAAAUACAUUUUGUGGUACUACUGAAUAUUUAGCUCCAGAAUUGUUAUUGGAUGAAACAGGAUAUACAAAAAUGGUCGAUUUUUGGUCGCUUGGUGUGUUAAUUUUUGAAAUGUGUUGUGGAUGGUCCCCAUUUUUUGCUGAAGAUAACCAGAAAAUGUAUCAAAAGAUUGCUUUUGGGAAGGUGAAAUUUCCUAGAGAUGUACUAUCUCCGGAAGGUCGUUCAUUUGUUAAAGGUCUUUUGAAUAGAAAUCCCAAACAUAGAUUGGGUGCUAUUGAUGAUGGUAGAGAAUUAAGGGCACAUCCAUUCUUUGCCGAUAUCGACUGGGAAGCAUUACGACAAAAAAAGGUGCCCCCACCAUUUAAGCCUCACUUGACUUCAGAAACAGAUACAUCAAAUUUCGACCCAGAAUUUACUCAAACAUCAACAUCUUUUAUGAAUAAACCACAAAUAGCCGCCACCCCACUAUCUCCAGGAGUACAGGCAAAAUUUGCAGGUUUUACGUUUGUAGACGAAUCAGCUAUGGAUGAACAUUAUAAUAACACUUAUAAUAACAGAAAAUUUUUGCAAAACUCAUAUUACAUGGAACCUGGUUCAUUUAUUCCAGGUAAUCCAAACCUUCCACCUGAUGAAGAUGUCAUUGAGGAUCAAGACGAUGAUAUAUACAUGGGUUCAUCAAAAGGUGUUCAUAAUGUUUCACAUAUGGAUUUCGAUGGUGAUCAACAUAUGGAUGAUGAAUUUGUGAGUGGAAGAUUUGAAAUCUAA